AUGCAGAGCCCAAAUCUCGAUUUUUAUGAAGACAAUUAUUUGGAGCUUGACUACCGAACCCCAUCGCUCCCCGUAUUCGACAGCCCAAGCCGAAGCCUUGCUGGGCAUAGUCAAGCCCUGGGAGGCAAGCGAAAACUGCCGUUGCUUCAGCUAAGCGGCUGGGACUCUGACUUUGAAGAUGACGAGACUGACCCGACUUGUAUUCACUAUGACAUUGAAUGGAAGUUACAGCUAAAGAAAGGACGACUGUCCAAGCUUGCAGAGAUCACUGAAGAAGACUUAACUCUAGCCCCUAGUGCAUACUGGGAUCGAUUCCUUAGCGCUGAACUCGCCAAGAUGGUUGCAUCCAAAGUGCCUAGCCCGGAACAUGAGCCGGUCGAGACCAUAGUCGUCGUAUCCGUCGAUAAGCGCAGCGAGCGAAAUCUGCGAAAGCAAUUCCCGGGUUUGGAUAUCCAGUGGAAGUCGAUCGAAGAUAAAAUACAAUCAUGGAGUCUCUUAUUCUGUGAAGGCCAUAAGUUGAGGUUGGAUAUAUCUUUCAUCUACAAGGCUACAGACCAAGUAACACAGCUUGCAAAUACCGGCGGGCGGCGGAGCCGUCGAGGGGCCACAGGCAGGCAAUUCGCUGCCCGAGACCGACUCCUCGCCGAGCAGGAAGAUACUUCUGGCAGUCGUCCGGUGUGGAACGAUGUUUACGAAGUCUUCCAUUGUACAGGUGUUCCGUGUGUCAACGCAGGCUUUUAUUGCUGGCGCGAUCCAGUCAGUAAGAAGCACUUUAAGCUCGACUCGAGCCUUUUGAGUACGCUCGUCGAUUACGCCGAAGAAGGCGGGUUGCUGAGAAACCAUGACCAUGUGCCCGAAACAAUCCGUGAACGAAUCUUCAGACAGGACAAGGAGAAUCUAGAACGGAAGCAGCUGAAACGUAAGAGGGGCGAUGACUUGCCUCCAAUUAAUAUUAGUGUUUCUUGUCCAGGAUCACACGGCGAGGCUCAGCAGGACCGUCCGAUUGGGGCACAUGUCACAGCCGCAGGUAGUAGGGUAGGAUUCAGUGGGCGGGCCGCUGAUAUCGUCAUUCCCUUGCCGAUCGAUGGAGCAGGAACUGCCUACUGUGAGUGGCUGUGUGGACGAGUGGAGAGCGACUACUGGGAAGCGGGCUUCCGGCAAGCGCAUCGAAUCACGAUGGAGGCAUGUUUUGACUUGAAGUAUGUCUACCAGGUCCAAGACAUUGCAUUUUUCACAGACAAAGGCGUAGCCUUGGGCAUCGCUCUCUCUUACAUUGGCGAUAUCCCUGUGUGGGCAGACACAUUGAAAUGA